AUGCAAGCUAUAGCAGACCAGUUCAGCAGUUCUAGUGUUUUCGCUGAACUUAACGAUGAACAGACCUUGAAGGAGAAUUUUGUGCUGGGAGACUCUCAAUUCAAGCAAUUGGCACCUAGUCUAUCUAUGCCUCCUAUUAGCACGCCUCAGGAGUUUUUGAGGGCGCAUACGGAUGAUUCUAAAAACCCAGAUUGUAAGAUUAAGAUUGCGCAUGGUACUACGACAUUGGCUUUCCGUUUCCAAGGAGGGAUCAUUGUGGCAGUAGAUUCCCGUGCCACCGCUGGACAGUGGAUUGCAUCACAAACCGUGAAGAAAGUGAUUGAAAUCAAUCCAUUUUUGCUCGGAACAAUGGCUGGUGGUGCCGCAGACUGUCAGUUUUGGGAGACAUGGUUAGGGUCUCAGUGCCGUUUGCACGAACUAAGAGAAAAGGAAAGGAUUUCUGUUGCGGCAGCAUCCAAGAUUUUAAGCAAUUUGGUUUACGAGUACAAAGGUGCUGGUUUGUCCAUGGGUACAAUGAUCUGUGGUUAUACGAAAAAAGAAGGUCCAACUAUCUAUUACGUUGAUUCAGAUGGAACAAGACUACAAGGCGAUUUGUUCUGUGUGGGUUCUGGUCAAACUUUCGCGUACGGUGUGCUAGACGCAAACUACAAGUGGGAUCUAACGGUGGAGGAUGCACUAUAUCUAGGAAAACGUUCUAUUCUAGCAGCCGCUCAUCGUGAUGCAUACUCCGGUGGUUCGGUAAAUCUAUAUCACGUUACAGAAGAUGGCUGGGUCUAUCAUGGCAACCAUAACGUGGAUACACUAUUUUGGGAGAUAAAAGAGAAGGAGCAAUCAUUUAAUAAUGUCGUAGGUUAA